AUGUCUAGCUCCUCUAUUGCAACCACUCUUACUACGAGAACUUUGUUGUCUUCUGUUACUACAGUUGACCUUGAGGCAAUGGUGACUAAGUUUCUUCCAUUGCUUGGUAACCCAGUUGCUUCCUGUUUUAGGGACUUUCUGUUACGAAAAGAGCAUGCCAGAAUAGCAUCAACUUGGGUGGAGUCAUGGACAGCACUGAAAGCUGUCAUGAAAGUGAAAACAUUUCAGUUCAUUGUCUUGCAGGGUCUUGUUGGUUCACUGCCUUGGACAGCCAAUGUGUUCUUCACCUUUUGGUUUGAGCUAAUUGGUUUUGACCACAAUAGUGCAGCACUUAUUAAUAGUCUUUUUAAUGCUGGACGUGCCAUAGGGGCCUUACUCGGAGGAUUAAUGGGAGAUCGAGUGUCACUCAUUUACCCUAAUUCAGGACGUAUAAUGUGUGCACAGUUUAGUGCUUUCAUGGGUGUCUCAACCUCAUGGUUCCUUCUUACAGUCAUCCCACAGUCAAUAAACAGCUAUUCUGCAUUCGCUGUCUUCAUGUUCAUCACAGGCCUUACCACCAGCUGGUGUUUUAGUGCUACAAAUGGCCCCAUGUUCGCGGAGGUGGUACCGACAAAAAAUCGGACAAUGAUAUACGCAUUUGAUCGUGCUUUCGAAGUGUCUUUCUCUUCUUUUGCUGCUCCUGCUGUUGGAAUUCUUUCCGAGAAGAUAUAUGGGUAUGAUCCAACCUCUGUUGAUCCAGCCUCAGGGUCUGCACGAGACGCCUACGCCUUGUCAAGAGGGCUUUUAGCGAUGAUGGCAGUUCCAUUUGGUUUGUGUUGCUUGCUUUACACGCCUUUGUAUUGGCAUUUCAAGAGAGACCGUGAGAAUGCUAAAAUAUCCAGUUUGGAAGAGGCCGAUAAUAUUUGA